GCUCCACCCCAGAGGCAGCCGUCCUAUCCCCAGAGGCCGAUGAACCUCUCCCCACCCAGGUCUUCCCGGUGCUUCCUCACCCUCGUGGUAGAGAGUGCUCAGGCCAGAGGAUUUCAUCCAGUUUCAUCUCCUUUGAGUCCAGUACCUUGUGUGUGUGUGACAACAGCGUCAUCCUGGAAGGAUGCCGUCACGACAUGAUGCCAUCACGAGAUGGAGAACCUCCCUCUUCCGUUGGCAGUUUGCCCCAGUGCAUGCAGGGGUCCCCGUGGGUCCGGGCCGACCCCCCGCCGAGGAAGACAGGAGGAGAGCAGGGUUGGGAUGGUAUUAACCAGGCCAUGUGCUUUGUCUUUGUGCUCUGUAGGGUACGGCCACGCCGCCCCCAGCACGGAUGGCGGGAAAGUCUUCUGCAUGUUCUACGCCCUGCUGGGGAUCCCGCUCACCCUCGUCAUGUUCCAGAGCCUGGGGGAGAGGAUCAACACCUUCGUCAAGUACCUCCUGCACCGUAUCAAGAAGUGCCUUGGCCUGAGACGGGCGGAGGUGUCCAUGGCCAACAUGGUGAUCAUCGGCUUCUUCUCCUGCAUCAGCACCCUGUGCAUCGGGGCGGCGGCGUUCUCCUACUACGAGCAGUGGAGUUUCUUCCACGCCUACUACUACUGCUUCAUCACCCUCACCACCAUCGGCUUCGGGGACUAUGUGGGGCUGCAGAAGGACGAGGGGGGCGGCUUCCGCAACGUCUACGCCGAGGUCCUGCACUUCCAGUCCAUGUGCUCGUGUCUGUGGUACAAGAGCCGGGAGAAGCUGCAAUAUUCCAUCCCCAUGAUCAUCCCCCGGGACCUGUCCACCUCGGACACGUGCGUGGAGCAGAGCCAGUCCUCGUCGGGCCGCUACCCCGACACCCCGGCCAACAGAUGCUUCUGCAACGCCCAGCGCUCGGCCAUCAGCUCCGUCUCCACCGGACUCCACAGCCUCUCGGCCUUCCCGGGACUCAUGAAACGCCGCAGCUCUGUGUAAUCUUCCCCCCAACACACACACACACACACACACUGGGGACCUUUCUUUUUUGUAGAGAGGGGACCCUGAUGGAGACCAGCAAAACCCGGUGAAGAAAAACCCACCGAUUUCAGUGAGAUUCACCUGGGAGCUCUCCCAAAGGACGGCCCGACGGCUGGGAGGGAUGUUAGAUGCACAAAUGUCCAUGCCGACGCAUACAUCCGUGUGUGGGUGGAGGGACGCACACGCACACGCCCGGGGUAAGCGGUCUCCAACGCUCCUGUCCUCGAGAAACUCUUUUUGAGACAACUCCGUGAAAUGUGAAACGGGACGUGCGGUCAGCGCUAGCUUUCGAAACGGCCGGCCCCCUCUAUUUAUACCUCUCUGGGCUGACAAGGGGGCCUGGCACACGGCUCCCGGCCCUGGAGAAAUACACGAGGCAUGCACCCCCGGCACUUCGACCCUCACGUCUGUAAGGGGUGGCAGGACUCCUCCUUGCCCCCCCCUUGGAUGAGUGUUGCAGCUGUAAGGAGGGGUAAGCGGAUCUUGUAAAAGCUGCAGGCAGGUUGGUGCACACGCCUAAUGUCCGUGUGGUUUGGUCAAUUACACCCCCCCCCAUAUUCCGUGCACAACAAGCAAGCGGAGCUCAAGAUCCGUCCUCCCUUGGCCGGGGACUUCUUCCUUUUUCCAGCUCCUCCUCCCGGGGCGUUUCCCUGGGUUCCCCUAAACGAUACGUUUCCAGCCUCCCGGCCUCUGCCGCCCCCCGGCUCCCGAGGCGGCCGCACUGCGCUAACACGGCAUCGGCGCUCGGCCCCGUUGCGGUGACGGCGAUGUUGUCGAGACCCGAGGCCCCAGCUAAUCCCUCUGUAAUCCCCGGGGUUUAGCCUCCAAUCCCAUGGGACGCAGGACUGUGCUGAAAAUAGGGGAGGGGGGUCCCUAGACCUGCGGGAAAGGACUGUGUUUGCUCCUGGGGGAGCCACGCCCGACGUGGGGCGCACACGGAUGUAACGGACCCAUUGGGAAGUCAGAGUGAGUCGUAAUUUACGCGCCGUGGGAAGGAGACUGCUGAGUCUACCUCUUCCAGCUGGAAUGGCUGCUUUCCUGGCGGCCACCCUUUUCAGCCUCUCCGCAGGCAAGUUACAUCCUCCGCCCGAUGGCUCCCACCUCGCAUUAAUCGCCCCGGCCCAUCUGCUCAUGCCAUGCCCCAGCAUGAGGUCCUGUCCCCUUGGCAUCAUUUGCAAUCCGCAGUUUGAGGGGUGGGGGGAAGGGAUCCCAGGGCAGCAAACCCCCCAGGUUAAAAGUCCCGCAAAUCAGGCUAAGAGGGUCUUAGACCGAAGCUCUUCCUAUUCCCCCGCACGUGAGCCAGACACCACGGGCCGGGUGUCACGUCGCCGGCUCUCUGCUUCAGGCCGGCCUGGGAUGGAAAUCGGAGGGGUCCAUUCGAACCGUUUCUUAUUCGCCACCCCAGGGGUUUGCGGCUUCGUAAAUAUCGCUACGGCGUGGAGGUUGCAAGCCCCCUCGGAGCUGCCAGCGUCAGGAAAACAGAGGCUCCAGGACAGCCUGGGAAAGAAAAGCCCCGGGCCCUUUCUGGCCGGCUGGGCUUGGAAGAAGGGGGUUUGCUCUGUGACUGGUGGCGCGUCCACCGUAAGCAAUAACGAAACAGGAACGGGUGCUGUGUCUGCGUUCCCGUACCUAGCCACUUCCGGCUACAGACGCCGCCCGUCUUGCCAGGCCUUAGUCUCAAAGGGAUGCGAACGGGCCAGCGCUGGGCGGGGGAGAUCUCGACACGGAUUCUGAGGACGCUGCGGCCUCCCCGGCGUUCGGUUCUGUCCGAACACCGCUCCCCGUGCAAACGGCCGCAAGGACCCCCACAGGUCGGAGAGGCAAAGCCGGGUUCUCUCCGCCUCUCUCCUCGACGGCGGCAAUCGGGAUUCCGUUGGGAAAGACCAAAUUCCAGCCCCCCGCCUCGGUGGCCACAUUCGCUCUGCUGGGAAUAAAACAGACGUUGUCGCCAGGUGCCGCCCAUAAGGCUCCGGGCUACCCCAGCGCAGCAAAGCUGAUGGGUAGAGGGGCUGGUUUUACUAGUGGUGACCACGGCUGCACUUUCCAGUUGCCAGGCCUCCUCUUCUCCUCCCUCUGUCCCUUCUGGGGAAUGUCCUCCUGGUGCCUUUCCUGGUGCCCGGCCUUUCUUCCCCACCCCGCCAGCAUGGGGGUGUGGUGGGGAGAGGCUGGGGGCC